AUGUUUAUGCUGUUACAGAACGAAAGAGUUGCAGGGUUUAGGAAAGAGUUGUACUUCAUCAAAUUCUUCAAAAAGCUCUCGAAAGAUAUGGCCCGUGGCAGAGGUCGAGGUAGCAUAGGCCGCGUAAUCAAGACCUCAACUAGAGGUCGAGGUAGCGCUGGUCGAGGUAAUAUGCCUUCUGUUCCUGUUCCCACAAUUAGUUCUCAACAAGGUGGCACCAAUUCCUCAGGUGGGCAGGACCAAGUUCAAACAUGUCCUACUACUACGCCACCCAUUCAAACAUCAGGUCAUGGCAGCACCCCAUCCAUUUCUGAAUCAUCUCCUAUAAUACCUAAUGAGAGCAACGUAAUAGGCGAGGGUGCGUCUACUCAGAGAAACGCAAUAGGUGAAGGUUCAUCUGCUCAGAGUGAUGCAGUAGGUGAAGGUGAGAGCAACAGUAACGUGCAGCGGACACUUAUUUUUCUUUCUCCUUUAGGGUUGGAACCAUUAAGAUUAUGCUCUGAGACGAUAACUGAGAUUUUCAAGAAUGAAAUUGAGCCUAAUGGAGUUAACUGGAAAAGUGUCUCACAAGAGACAAAAGAUUUUUAUCUCGGAGAAUUCGAGAAGGCAUUCUAUUGGGAUUCUUCGAUUGAUAGUGAAGUGAGGAAGCAAUGGCGUAGAAAGGCAGCGAGAAGGUACUGUGAUUUCGUUAGCUCAAUAAAAGGUGAGGGAAUUCGGCCAGUUUAUGUUCCGAAAGAAACAUGGGAAAGUUGGAAUAAAUAUUGGGCAGAUCCUAAGGUUAUUGAAAAAUCAAAAAUAGCUUCAAAGAAUCGUCGUGGCGGUGAGGAUGUAGCUGCUAGUGGGACUCACACGGGUGGCUCUAUUUCCAUCGGAGAGCAUCACAAGAGACUUGCUAUUAAAAAGGGUCGAGAUCCAACACCAAGUGAGGUACAUUUGCACGUCCAUACACACGGUCAUGAUGGAAAAUCUUUUGUUGGUGAGCGACCCCGAAUCGUGCAUGAAAAAUAUCAAGAAAUACUACAAAAUCAGUCACAAACUCAAUCUGAAGUUGAUCAAUGUCAAGCCUAUUACGAAGCCGUAGGAGGGGUAAAGAAAAGAAGAAUAUAUGGUCUUGGAUCUCAAGCACAUUUAUAUUAUGGGCCAAAUCUUCAUCCUUCUUCUGUAUCUAAUGCUACGUCCUCAGUACCACCUCCGAAUGCUCAACCAGCAGCGACAGGAACUUUGGAUGAGUUAGUGACGCGAUUAGUUCCUGCAUUGACUGAUAGCAUAAUUCCUGCACUGACUGAUCGCUUGCUUCCUAUUAUUGUUGAGUGGGUACGUGGAUUGAAUCCUUUAGUCUCUUCUCAGAUGGACACUCCUAAUGACCAUCCAUCAUCUAUGGCACCUAUAGUUUCAGCUCCAGCUACUGCCAACAUUGAUCAAGUUCAUGCAUCAGUUUCUGAUGAUGAUCGUGGCUCUCCAGUCUCUCAUUAGUUAGUUUUUUGGUUUGGACUUUAUGGUUGUUAGUUUUGUUGUUUGGACUUUAUGGAUGUUGCAUAUGAUUUUGGAUUUUUCGGUUUGGAUAUUAUCGUUGUGGAUGCUCCAAACUUAUUUUGCAUUUUGCUA